CUUUGAUUUCAUGAUUUGCAGUCGACAGACGAACGUAACAAUUCUUACAAAACAAUUCACCGAGAUGCGUCACUACGUUACAACUAUUCAGUAAUUUUCUACAAUUACCUAUGGAGUAUUGAAAGUCAAGUUUAAACAAGUUUGGCUUAUGAACGAAUAAUGAAAGAAAACAUUACGAGAGGAUGCGUAAUUGACUUGGAUCUUCGAUCCUCUGAUAAAAAUUUACGAUACUAACGACAAGAGAAGCAAAACGUGUGCCAAACAUUCCCAAGUGCUAAUUUCUCUUCUGCGAAGAAAACCUCGCGAUUGCAACGUGGACAAACUCCAGGCAUUUAUUAAUCAACGUUAUCUGCUUUUUGUCGGUAUUUGAAGACACACAUCAUAAAGAUUUUUGUUUAGAUCAACUUGUAACAAUUUACAUAUUAAUAUCCUCUUUUUCUUCGAAUUAUCUGUAUGAUGUACGUUCUAACAUUCGUGAACGUUUACGGAGUAAUCAUGAAUACGACAGAUUUCACACAUAGUUACUCUUGAACUUUGCCAUAAUUAAUUUUUUUUGGUGUGAAAACAAUUUAUACAAACUCUCCAAAAAAAUGUUUAAAAAUGUCGAACGUCAAUUAUUGAUCGAUGAAAAACAAAAGACAAAUAUCCAAGUGUACAAUUAUAAGUAACAAUAUCACGAAUAUUUCGCUUAUUGUACUACAAAUAUAAAAAAAUGCACGAUUACUCUUAUCGGUAAUGUUCGAAGUAUAUAUACAUUUUUUUUUUUAUGUUUACAAAUUAUACUUCACAUUACAUUGGUAAACGUGUGAAGAAGGAAGUGAAUGCAUCUGACACAUGCAGCAAACGUCAAGUCAUAGUGCAAGUGGCUCUGUGACUCAAAGAGGUUAAGAGGGCUGCCCGAUAGAAAUGGCAGCGAUAAAGGGCCUGGGAAGAAAUAUCCCCUAUCUGAGGCAACAAUUCGCUGCCCUUUUAGGAAACACUAGCACCAGUGUCAAAUUCAUAUGCGUAGUCGUCCUGUUUUCCUAUUGCCUUUCUUUCUCCACGGAAACGGUACGUCUACUGAGCGUGACACCAGGUUAUCUACUGCCUCCAGCUUUUUGGAUCUGGACAGCGUUUACUUUCUGUUUCCUUGAGAUACAUUUCUGGGAAGUGUGCGUGGACAUCGUGACGGUAGGCCUCUGUGGCAAAUUGAUUGAACCAUUAUGGGGCGCGAUGGAAAUGAUGACUUUCUUCGCAAUCGUAAAUUUCGGCGUCGCUGUACUGUCCGCUUUGUUUUAUUUAUUCCUCUAUAUGUGCACCAAUGAUCCUGAUUUGUUAUUUGAUAUACACAUUCACGGUUUAACUGGAUAUAUUGCAGGUGUCACAGUAGCUGUAAAACAAAUAAUGCCAGAUCAUAUUUUAGUCAAAACACCAAUUGGGAAAAUUACAAAUAGAAAUAUACCAUUAAUGGUUUGGGUCAUGGGAAUGAUAUUAUGGCUUUUUGGAUUACUAGAAGGCACUCAUCCAACUAUGUUUCUGAGUGGUAUAUUAAUAUCAUGGAUAUAUCUUAGAUUCUAUCAAAAACACAACAAUGGUACACGUGGUGAUAUGGCAGAUAAUUUUACAUUUGCAAGUUUCUUUCCAAAUGUCUUACAACCACCAAUAGCAGUUGUAAGUAACACAGUACAUGGCUUUUUUGUACGAAUUGGAAUUUGUAGAAAAGUAGUUAGAAGAUUUGACAUGUCCAAUGCUCCACCUGGUCUCAUUAUAAAUCUUCCUGGUAUCGAUCCACAUGAUAGUGAGAGAAGAAGGCAAAUAGCAUUAAAAGCACUAAGUGAAAGAUUAAGUAAGGAUCAUGCAAAACCAUGGCAACAGGAAAGAGCUAAAAAACAUUCUCCAGUACCUCCUGCAGUUUCAAUUCCAAUUCCUGAUACCACUACACCCAAACCACUCGCAUCUCCUCUCAUUCCCCAAGUUAGUGUUAAUAUACAUAAUCAUACUUCUACUGCUACGUGAUUGCAUCAGAUAGACUGAUUUCAAAUACAUUAUAAAUAUAUUAAGAAACUUCUAAAGAAAAUGUUAAUAAUAUGUAACAAUAUUGAUAAUAUGGCAAUAUUUAGUAAAAUAGUAAUUUUUAAUAAUAUAUAAGCAAAGCACGAUUAUAAAAAACAGAGAAAGUAUUGCUAGAUUCUUCUAAAUUUUAAUUAUUCAAUUACAUCGAAAAAGCAUUUAUCUUUUAAUAUCUCUUAAUAAAUCCAAAGAACAGUAUGUAAUACUCAAACUGUGCCUUGGCGUUUUAAUCAGUUCGUGUAUGCAAUUUCGAAUCUAUUUUUAAACAUAGAACAUCGAGUUAAUUUGUUCUUUAACAUUACCAAAAUGUCAUUUUAUAUAGUUAAUUUAUCUGUAACUAUAAUGCCAUAUUACCGAUUGUAUAUCAUGUAAUCUUUAGAAGAUUCUUAACAAGAAAUAUAGGAAAACAGCGAUUUUUCUAGUUUGUGAUGAUAUUUUCCAAGAAAAUCGUGUUCUUUGUUACUAAGAACUAUAAACUCUAUUUAUGUAACUAAGUAUUGUCGGUAAAAGAUAAAUAAUUAAAAUUUUUUUAACAAACAUGUUGAAGGUCCUGAAAUAUUAUGUAAGUGCAGCAUUGUUCCGUCUUUUAAUACUAUUCAGUAAUAGCUGGAAGAUAAAAAUGCAUUAUUAAUAACAAUGAAUAAAAAUAGACUGGCUUCCAGUAUAAUAUAAAAUAAUUUUACUAGGAACAAAUUUAAAUUUGGGGAAGAUUAUUAUUUUACCAACAUGUUUUAGAAAAUAUUUUAUACAAUCGGGAUUACAAUUGAACUUCUGUAUAGUGUAAAAUGUUAAUGUAUACAUAUACAUGUUGAGAUGAUAAUUAUAAAACACUAACAUUUUCAGCUUAUUUUAAAGUCAUAUUUUAGCAAAAAUUUCAAAACAAAUUCCUAACUUCUUUUAUUAUGAAAAAAGAUUUUUUUUUAUAAAAAAAAAAAAAGAUGCAUUAUUUCUUUCAUUUUUAGAACAAUUAUUUUACACAAAAAAUUAGCUUCAAUUAAUUCUUUUUAUAUUUCAUAAACAGUAAAUUAUUUUUAUAUCUGUACCUAAGUACCUAAUAUUUAUUAAAGAUUUGAUUUAAAUUUUAAUUAGUACACCUGUAUUGCAUAUACACUCAUAAAUUCAUGUCAUUUGUUAUAUUCAUUGUGUAUUUUAUUAAUUUAUUUUGUUAAUCUUAUAAUCUAUAUAGCUUAAACAUAGUUAACAUAGUUUUAGUUAUUUCUUAGGUGCAGGUAAUAUUUAAAAUAUAUUCAUUUAAUUAUAUUGUAACACACAUCAUAUUCAUUAUAUAUAUAUAUAUCUUAUAUUGUCAUAAAUAACAUCUUUUUUUUUAUUUAAAACAAUGCAACAAUCAACUACUGUGCCACAAACACAUGUUGCAUUUUUUUUUUACCAUCUAUUAAUAACUUUAAUCAAUUGUUGAUUAUUAUAGUUUAAAGGUAAUUGUUUAAAAAAAAUAUAUAUAUAUAU